AUGAUCAGUCUCCGAAAACCAACCAUCUUACUUGCUUCUGUGGUUUGCACUUUUGUGGUCUUUGGAAUUGUCAGUUCUCGAAAUGAAAAUAUAAAAGCAGAGAUUCAAGAGGAGGCAAACCACUUGCUUUAUCAAUGGGAAACUCUCGAGAGAAAUUCCAGGUUUGUUCACAAGCAAAACGAUACAAGUGAAGUUGCGCUUGAAUCAUGCACUGUGGUAAAUCCCCUCACAAACCAAUUUUUUGAUCUUCGGCCUCUAGGUGCGUUUGGAAACGAUGGACUCGUACAAGCCUGGAAUGCACGCGGUUACGAUUAUGGUCGAAACUUUUCCAUAGGUAUUUGUUCGACACCUUUGAAACAACCUCAGAGUCUUCCAGAGUCAGAUUUUGAAGGAAUCGCCAAUAAAAGUGAGGUUGGUGGAUAUUAUACUGACAUAACAGGUAACAAGAAAUCCAUAGGACAGAUAUCAACAACCCCGAAAUUUAGAGGACGGAAGCUUGUGCUUGAAUACACAGAUGGUAGUGUUUGUGAAGGUUUUAAAAGUGACGGCUCACUCAAAAAGUCAACUAUUCUAUCGUUUGUUUGUGAUCGGGAGAUUAUGACGAAAGCAUCAAUCUCUUAUGUGGGCUCUUUGCAUGACUGUUCAUACUUUUUUGAGGUGAGAACUAUUCAUGGGUGCCCAACAGCUGCAAAGAAAGACGACAAGGCGAUCAUCUGGAUUUUCCUUUUCAUAUGCUUGUGUGCAGUCGCGGUGUUUUUCGGGGGAGGUUUUGUUUACUCAUUUUUCAAAUAUAAUCAAGGUCGUCAAUCAGUUCCUCACUGGAAACGCAAUUCCUUCAGAGCUGGGGUGAAAAACUUGACCCAGGUAAGUCAACGUGAAGAGAUUUACAGAUAA